AAGACAUUUUAAAAAAAUUAAAAACUUGAUUUUUAAUUUUAUUUAAAAAAUCAUUGAUUUGUAUCCACCCUGGAAAUAAUCCGAAGCAAUAACACCAUUUGAAAUCCUGCCUUGUUGUCUUUGUCUCCCAGCGAUAAUGAAAGAACCACUAACACUGACUCUGUUUGUUUUGGUUAAGACUCGUCUGCCCAAGGACAAGCAAGAAUGUUGAAGUGGAUCAAAAUUGGUCUCGGGCUCACUUUUCUCUUUGUCCUGGCCUUUGUCUAUAAACGUUCCCUGUUGCCUGACCACGUCGUCUUACGUGAGCCAAGUCCUGAGCCGUUCCUGAAGGAAGAGGAUGACUUGAGCAUCAUCUUUGUGGAGACCACAGACCACCUGCAGAUUCCUCCGUUGGCUUCAUGUUCUGUGGAAUCUGCUGCCAGGGCCUACCCCAACAGAUCCAUUCGUUUCUUCAUAAAAGGGUUGAAGAAUAACACGUUGCAAGAUUUAAAUUCCAAAUCCGCAGCAUUUGCUCUUCUAUCCAGGAUGAAGAAUGUCUUCCUUCUUCCUUUCCCAAUGGAAACUGUUUUCCAGGAGACACCUCUGCGCCAAUGGUAUCACAAGGUAAAUCCAGCCCAGGAAAUGUACUGGCUGCAUGUCAGUUCUGACGCUAGCAGGCUUGCACUCGUCUGGGAAUACGGUGGGAUCUACAUGGACACCGAUGUCAUCUCCAUUAGGCCUAUUUCGCUGAAAAACUUCCUGACGGCCGAGGCUCCCCAGGUCUCUGGUAGUGCGAUUUUUGGCUUUUCUCGCCAUCACUGGUUCAUUUGGGACUGCAUGGAAGAUUUUGUUGCCAACUACAAAGGAGACAUUUGGGGAUACCAGGGUCCCACCUUACUGACAAGGAUGUUCAAAGCAUUGUGCAGCGUGACCGAUUUCCAUAUCGUGGAAGAUAUAAGCUGUAAGAACAUUUCCUUCUUACAACCUGAGCGUUUCUACCCCAUCCCAUAUACACAGUGGAAGGAGUACUUCAGGGUCUGGGAGAAAAGCCCCAACUUCAACAACUCCUAUUCUCUGCAUCUGUGGAACUUCAUGAACAAGGAACACGAGUCUGUGGUUGCAGGAAGUAACACCUUGGUGGAAAAUCUCUUCAAAACAUACUGCCCCACCACGUACAAGGUCCUUAUUCAAGACUCAGAAGACAGUGGUCCACAGGCAGUGAAAUAAGACUGAAUGACUGGAUCUAGUAGAAUGAGGUGACCCUUCCAGACCUGACUGUCCUGGGACUAAAUAAAUUGUGCACAAAACGGAUCUCCUCUGAGUCAGUGACUGUCAGCCAUUUUUUUCUGUGCUAACCACUUUGUAAGAGAGAAACUCUCCGAGUCCACCUCUACUCUCAAGUUUCCCCAGGACCUAAUGAAUUCAGUAGGAAAGCAAAGGUGCAAAUACCAUUGGGGAGAAAUAGAUAAGUAUGUCAUGCCCUUUUGGAAAAAUGUACCCUAAGUGAUCUAGGAGCCUGAGUCCCACUGUAAAAAGCUCCACUGAAAAUCAGGGGUGACUUAGGAACCCAAGGGUCAGAUUUUCAAAAGUAUUUGCUGCCUACAGAUGCCCGUAACUGCUUUUGAAAAUCCCAUUGGGCGUCUGUCCUCCUCUUUAGACGCCUAAAUGCCUUUCAGAAUCCGUCCCCUUUGAUGCAUUUGGAAAUUUUGCCCAGUCAUUUGCUGUGUGUCCUGCAGCAUCUUGUGCGAUGAGGCUGAGGCUUCGCCCUGCUACUGUAAUACUCAUGUUCAAUAACUGUGAAUACAAUGACUCUCCACGAACAACGGCCCACAACUCCUGCCUCUGUCCAGGUGUUCAUUACGAUUGUUUGUUUUCCCUCUCCUUUGCUUCAGCUCUGCAUCCUGCCUUCUGCACAGUGACAUUUUAAAUGCUCCUUUAAAUAAAAGUUCCACCCCA